GAAACUUUCCUCAUUCUUCACUACGCUUUCCUUCUGUAGACAUGAAGUGUCUACUUAUUGUUGUGUGCGCACUUGCAUCUUUGUGUGCAGGUGCAGAAUGGGAUUCAUUUCAAGUGACGUAUGCAAGGCCAGGCAGUAAGAUGGGCUACUACGACAUGCCCUGGACAGUGACUGAAGCAACCUCUAAGGGAAGGUGGGGGAAAAUAGCCGAAGACACGAAGCUGAAUGUUGACAUCUACUCACAGCCCGAUGACCCAAGAGUCGUACUACUGUUUGAUAAGAAAGGCAAUAUCGCUGGAAUUAGAAUGUCUUUCCUGAAAGAAGACGUAGAUACCAAAGCCAAGGAGGAAGGAAUACCUUUUGAGUUUGAUUACGAGAACAAUUCAAUUUAUGAAAAGGGAAAUUACUUAGGCAAGGAUCUGUGGUACACAACAGUCCUGUUUGCAUCUCCCAACCAGCUAGCUGCAGGAGGCCGCAGUGGUCAGCUGGAUAAGAGCAAAGACAGUGUAGCAGAGGCCCUAUAUUUCAAGCCUGAAGGGGAAUGGGUGCAGCUGAGCAGGGAGGAGUGUGUUCAGUCUGAACACUUUGUAGAAGCAAACUGUUUUCCAGGAAUGGGAAAACACUACUUCUACGAAUUGAACAACCCUGAGUGCAAGCGGAGAAAACCAUUCUUUGUUUUGUACAAUGAAGGAAGACUUGUAGGUGUUGGGCUGGCUGGAUUUGGAUCUUUCACCAGAAACCAAAAAACCCAAAGCUACUAUGAGGACUUCCCACUUGAAGCAACAAGGAGCAUUAUCCCCAAUGCGCCCGAGUGUAUACAGGAGUACAUCAGAAAUUAUGGUCUGACAAUGAUGCACGUUUUCCUGGUAAAGAACGCUCCGAAGAUAAGCUGUCCACCAGAAGAGUGGCGUUCUACUCACUGCUAGUUGUUAAGUUUGUCUCAACUGUUCUGUUAAAUAAAUUAUUUAUUACUAA